AUGGUCAAAGCUAACACCUGGGCCAUUACCAAAGGCCUUCUGUUCCUCAGUAGUCUACUGUCUACCUCCAGUGUCGUCAACGCGGACAACCCUAUUGUGCAAACAGUCUACACUGCCGACCCUGCUCCUAUUGUACACAAUGGCCGUGUCUACCUUUUCACAAGUCACGACGAAGAUGGCUCCACAUUCUUCAACAUGAAGGACUGGCGCCUGUUUUCAUCAAACGACAUGGUUAACUGGCAACACCAUCCAUCUCCCAUGGGCCUGACCAACUUCAGCUGGGCCAAUGAUAGAGCCUGGGCUGGCCAAGUCGCUGCUCGAAACGGAAAGUUCUACUAUUACGUUCCUGUCGCCAUGAAAAAUGGACGUAUGGCUAUCGGCGUAGGUGUGAGCGAUAAUAUCGUCGGACCUUACCGUGAUGCCUUGGGCAAGCCACUGGUCGAGAAUAACGAGAUCGACCCGACUGUUUUCAUCGAUGAUGAUGGGCAAGCUUAUAUGUACUGGGGAAACCCAGGACUCUACUAUGUCAAGCUCAACCAGGACAUGAUAUCUUAUAGCGGCGGUAUCAAUAAGGUCCAGCUGACGACAGCAGGCUUUGGCUCCCGUCCCAACAACCCUGAUCGCCCAACCAACUUCGAGGAAGGACCAUGGCUAUACAAGCGUAACGGAAUGUACUAUAUGCUCUACGCAGCUAAUUGCUGCUCUGAAGACAUCCGCUACUCAACCGGCCCCACCGCUACUGGUCCCUGGACAUACCGCGGCGUCCUCAUGGCGCACGAAGGAAAGAGUUUCACCAACCACCCUGCCAUUAUUGAUUUUGACAACAAGUCCUACUUCUUUUACCACAACGGUGCUCUCCCCGGUGGCAGCGGCUACACACGAUCAGUUGCUGUCGAGAGCUUCCAGUACAACUCCAAUGGAUUAAUUCCACAACUGCGCAUGACCACAACUGGUCCUGCACAAGUUAGAUCCCUUGAUCCAUACACUCGUCAAGAAGCCGAAACCAUUGCGUGGACCAAUGGCGUCGAGACCGAGGCUUGUAGUGAGGGCGGUCUCAGCGUUGGUUUCAUCAACAAUGGCGACUACAUCAAAGUCAAGGGCGUGGCCUUUGGAAACGGAGCCCAGUCCUUCAGUGCUCGCGUUGCAUCAGCUAACAGCAGAGGAGGUAAGAUUGAGCUGAGGUUGGGAAGUGAGACUGGUAAGCUCGUUGGAACUUGCACGGUUCCCUCGACUGGUGGCUGGCAGACUUGGAGGACGAUUGACUGCCCUGUUAGCGGAGCCACGGGCACAAGCGAUCUGUUCCUUCGAUUUACUGGCGAGGGGUCUGAUUACUUGUUUAAUUUCAAUUGGUGGCAGUUCAAGUGA